UACUUCAAAGUCGAUUUCUGUUUGUAAUCUCUAUUAGCGCUACAGUUUCAUAGAUGACAUAGUUUACUACAAAAAGAGUUUGUUGUGAUAUCAUAAUUUUAUAACUUUAAUAAUUUGAGUUAUGUUACGACAACUGGUUCAGCAUCUUAGCAAAAGGGGUUUUCUGGGAGCUCUCUCCGCCGACGUUAGAAAUAUAGGGGCAAGAAGUAUUUACACUACAGAUUGCCUGCAAAAAAAUGAGAAAGGCGGACAAACUGCAACGGAUAUUAUAGUUGACAAAGACAAGAAUGUCACAUUGAUAGGCAUAAAUCGACCACAUGUGCGAAAUGCUAUUAAUGCUGCCACUGCCACACAACUUUGUGAGGCAUUCAAUGCUUUUGAGGCUGACGAAACAUCACCUGUAGCAGUUUUGUACGGCAUUGGUGGGUCCUUUUGCGCUGGUUAUGAUAUCCUAGAGCUUGGAAAAGAUGGUGGAGAACAGGUUAGCAUUGACAUUUUAAUGGCGCAUGAAGGGUCAGUGGGGCCUACUCGGCGCCAUAUACAAAAGCCGGUAGUGUGCGGUAUCAGCGGUUACUGUAUAGCUAAUGGAUUGGAACUAGCAUUAAUGUGUGAUCUGCGUGUAAUGGAGGAAACAGCAGUACUUGGUUUCUUUAAUCGACGUUUCGGAGUCCCUGUUAUCGACGGUGGCACAGCGCGCUUACCUGCGCUGAUUGGUUUUUCCAGAGCAUUGGAUUUGAUACUGACGGGACGGCAAGUUUGUGCCGACGAGGCACUCUCUAUGGGUGUUGUUAACCGUGUUGUUCCGGCCGGUCAGUCAUUAAUUAGGUCUGUAGAGUUGGCACAACAGCUGGCGAAAUUUCCGCAACGUGCUCUUAAUCACGAUCGAAAUUCGUUGUAUUCAGCCGUUUUCGAUGCAGCAAACUUUAAUCAGGCGGUGCAAAAUGAGAUUAUGUACACAUCAAAAGAAAUAAUUGAGGAAAUGCAGCAGGGUAUUAAAUGGUUUAUACAAACAUUUAAAACCGAUACAACGCAUUCGUGGUUAAAGCGUGAAAAGUCGAUGGCGGACUGGGAUGACAAACAAUUGGCUGCUGCAGCUGAACAAAAAGAGGCCGAAAAGCAGGCAGCAGAAGCAGCGCGUAUUGAGGAUGAGAAAAAGUCGAAGGAGGCAAAACAGAAGUCCAGUGAAAAAAAAAAGUAGUGUAGGGAGUAAUUGAAAGCAUAAGGCAUAAGAUUUAAUUGACAGCUUUAAAAGAAACCCUUGCAUUAUGUUUGAAUAAAAUUCUAAACCUCUAUUCGUGUAUGGUAUAUAAUUUAUUUGAUUUCAUGCUACCUUCAUAUGUUAUAUACAUUACGUUAAAGUGAACUGAAUUAAAUUAAUUUCCUUAAACUCUAA